AUGGCAGAUUUUGGGGAUUACCCGCCCAACAUGGCGCCCCAAAACGCGCUCGCAGUUCGAAAUGCAGCAGGACCAGACCAUGCGAUACAAAAAUACACAGCGGACAAUCUAUCGCGACCUCUACAGGGGCCGCUAAAUCCGUUCAAAGAUGAACAGAACGCGCUCAAACGAAAGAAUGUUCUCACAGGAUAUGCUGAAGAGACGUAUGUCAGCGAGCAUACCUUUCGGAGUCAGCAUCGAGCCGUAGAACGAGGUCCGGAUAGAAAUUAUCGAGGUGGCGUGGCGGAGAAAGAGGAGGCGGCGAGGAUACGUGCAAAAAGGCAGAAGAAAGGUGAUGCUACGGUUGCGGAGGGCGAUAAUGCUUAUGUUGGUCCUUGGGCGAAGUACAAAACUACGGAUUAUGAAGAGGUGGGAGAGGAUGAGGAGUUGGCUAGUGAUGAGGAGUAUGAGGAGGUUGAGGAAGAGGAAGAUGUGAUUGAAAGUGGAACUUUAGUGCCAGCAUUACCUCAGGCGAUCGCAAAGAGGAAAGAGGAAGAGGAGACUGGCGGGGAGACGAGUGUCUUCGAGGGUUCAGAGCAGUACGAUUAUCAGGGCAGGACAUAUAUGCACGUGCCACAGGAUUUGGAUAUCGAUUUAAAGAAGGAGGUUGGAAGUGUGAAGAAUUUCGUGCCGAAGAAGUUGAUACAUACUUGGAAAGGUCAUACGAAGCCUAUUGCCGGACUUCGAUUCUUCCCAGGAUCUGGACAUCUAUUGCUUUCUGGGAGUGCCGAUUCGACUGUUAAAAUUUGGGAUGUGUAUCACUCGCGCGAGCUAUUACGGACUUACUCGGGGCACACAAAGGCCUUAUCCGAUGUUACUUUCAAUACCUCCGGUUCGCAAUUCCUUACGGCUUCAUAUGAUCGGAUGAUGAAGCUUUGGGAUACGGAGACUGGACAAUGUCUUAACAGGUUCACAACCGGCAAAACGCCUCAUGUUGUACGGUUCAACCCCUCUCUUGAGCAUGCCAACGAAUUCUUGGCUGGCAUGUCGGAUAAGAAGAUUGUGCAAUUUGAUAUCCGUACAAAAGAAAUCGUCCAGGAAUACGAUCACCAUUUGGCAGCUAUCAACACUAUCACCUUCGUCGACGACAAUCGGCGAUUCAUGACCACAUCCGAUGAUAAAUCCCUACGGGCUUGGGAUUACAACAUUCCAGUCCCGAUCAAGUACAUUGCAGAGCCAUACAUGUAUCCUAUGACACGCGCCUCUGCUCAUCCAUCUGGCAAAUAUGUCGCAUAUCAAAGCUCAGACAACAACAUCUUCGUCUACGGCGCCACAGACAAAUUCAGACAAAACCGAAAAAAGGUCUUCAAAGGACACAACAGCGCCGGAUACUCGGUGGACGUGGCAUGCAGUCCCGACGGCCAAUUCGUCGCUUCUGGAGAUACGGGUGGAUAUGUCUGCUUCUGGGAUUGGAAAACAUGCAAGAUGUGGCAUAAGAUGCAGGCGGCGGAUGGAGCUGUUACUUGUGUGGAGUGGCAUCCUCAGGAGAGCUCUAAGGUUGUUACGGCUGGGUUGGAUGGAGCGAUUAAGUAUUGGGAUUAG